GGCACAAAAGCGGAAGUGCUAUAAUAAUUAUCCUUGUAAAAAUUGCGUGCAUUGGGCAAGUGAGUUCCAGUUUUAUAAAGCUAGACACCGACUUUUAAUAGCUCUCACACAAUGUCUGAUCGACCUAGAGGCUAUGGAAUGACAGCUGAAGUAUCUGAUAAAAUACAGGGCAAAUAUAGCCCGGAACUAGAGAGAGAAGCUAGAGAGUGGAUGGGUGAUGUGAUUGGAGAAACUGUUGAAGGCCCAAUCCAAGAUUCCUGCAAAGAUGGCCGCAUCCUCUGCAAGCUGAUUAACGUGCUUCAACCUGGAUCUGUGAAAAAAAUCAACGAAAGCAAGAUGGCCUUCAAGCAGAUGGAGAACAUCGGGAAUUUCCUCGAUGCUUGCGUUACUUAUGGCGUACCUAAAACAGACCUGUUCCAGACUGUGGACUUGUUCGAGGCUCAAAAUAUACCCCAGGUGGUCAAUGGUAUCCAUGCUGUUGGUAGAAAAGCUGGCAAGAAGGGAUUUAAUGGACCUACCAUUGGACCAAAGGAGGCAGCUGCAAACAAAAGAGACUUCACUGAUGAACAGUUGAAGGCAGGGCAGAAUGUCAUUGGUCUCCAGAUGGGCUCAAACAAGGGAGCUAGUCAAACAGGCAUGAGCUAUGGCGCACCUCGCCAGAUCCAUGACCCUACUGCUUAAAGUGACUGCUAUAGAGAGGAUCGAACUAAAUCAUUAAUUAUAGACUGUUUUGCAACUUGUUUUGCAAUUAAAAAUUUUAGCAAUUGUUUUUCAUCACCAGUGCAGUGAGUGGACGUAUGUCCAUAUUGUGUUUAUUAAUUUAUCGAUCAUUACCUAUAGCAAUAA